AUGUCAAAUAUUGUCAAGGCAGUUCUUCUUUUAAAACUCGUUGCAGCAACUACGCCAGAUCUACUCGUCAAAAAACUAUCGGAGAUAAUCGAGUGUGCCCAUCAGUCUCCAGUCAGUUUGCCAAGUCAACAGGAUAAAUUUGUUGUGCCACCUCAUUGUUUCAGCUCAGAAAGCAUCAGUCCGCUUUCUUUGGCAAGAUCCGCCCGAAACACCAAACAAAUAUUCUAUCAUCGUCAAGAUUUUUGCGAAAAUACGAAAUGUUCUCUUCACGAUCUUUAUCUUUCCAUCGAGCAUAUGGAAUCGUAUACAAAAGCCCGCUUGGUUGGGAAAGAAAAUCACCCAUCCGUGCUAGAAAUAAGAGGAAAGUGGUACCUCAACCUUGGAAUGUGUGGAGGAUUCUGCCCUGGAUCCCUGAUCAGAGGCAAAAAUCAUCUCUAUGACUCGAUUCAUGAAACCAGCAUCUCGAAAAAUGUCGGAUGCGCUGCCACAUCAACAAGUUCAAUCCGCCUUAUUACGCAAAAUCAUCAAAUCGUAGAAAUCGAGGAUGUUAUCACUCACGGCUGCUCUUGUGUAAAGUUCCAUAGCUGCUAA